UGGACUUGGAACUUUUCAACAAACUAGCGUUGGUACAAACAUUUCGCCCCCAUUCGUCAAUCACCAUGAACUAUUUUGGAGACGAAGACAGUGCUUUCCCAAUGGACGCCUGCUUGUUCGCGGAUACAUUUUCUCAAGACACUGUUUAUAAGUUAAUGGGCCAAGAGGUGACGAUAAAACAGUUUUUUGGUGCAAACCUCGGCGUGGCUGCUCCAGUGUGGGAAGCAGCGUUACAAUUGUGUCAAUACUUCGAGGAGCAUCAUAUGAAGUGGAGUGGGAGACGUGUCAUCGAGCUGGGAGCCGGGACUGGUGUUGUUGGGAUUGGGGCUGCUCGUCUAGGUGCAGAUGUGACCUUCACGGACCUUCCGGUGACUCUUCCAUCGCUGGAAGCCAACAUCUGUGCCAACAUGCCGUCCAGCGGUUGGCCUUCCUCUCCUCCCACCGUCCUCCCUCUAUCCUGGGGCGAGGACCACAAGAAGUUCCCCUCAGACUGGGACCUGGUGCUGGGCGCAGACAUCGUUUACCUCCCGGAGACGUACCCGCUGUUAAUGGAGACGUUGGAGCAUCUGUGUAAAAGCAAAGCAGAGCUUUAUCUUUCGGCUAAGAUGCGGAAAGAACACGAGACUCCGAGGUUUUUUGAAGAACUUCUGCCGUUGAGGUUUAACGUACAACUUGUGCAUCGUGACGAUAAUCAGAAUAUUAAUAUUUACAGAGCAGCUUUAAAAAAAGACCAGUAGUUGGGAUCUGAAAUCGAUCAUUCCUAUCAUAUAGACAACCUUUGGCUCACUUUUAUUUUAAUAAUUACAUUUUAAUUUCUUAGCGAUAUGACAGCGGCGUGCACGGACACUUUAUACCAAGUAAAAAUAAUUAAUCGUGAAGGA